UAUUGCUGCAGUGCAAUGCUCCAAUUUGAGCAGUCUCGUAUAUAUUCAGUACAACAGCAACGAGAAAAGCUGCGCUUCUUUUUACUCCUUACAACUUUUCCCUUCUCACACACACAUCACGCACUGGUCUGGCUCCCUUCUCCUUCAUCGCUUCUUCUCACUCGGUUUUGGAGUACUGGGAUGAUCGCUUUGCGACGUCGAAACCGGGAUCCUGUAGCUGUGUUUAAUUCAUGGAAUAGUUUUACUUGUGUUCAUUGAGAGAGAGUAUCUGCGGAGGAAGUUGGGGUUGGCCCUUGUGAUUAAUUGCGUGAAAAACUGUCUAAGGAAAUGAAAUUUGGAUUCAAGUUUAAGAGGAAAGGCUUUUAGCUGCCCUUUUUCUUUCUCUUCCUGGUAUAAAGAAAUUAUUCAGAAUUUUGUUUCAUGUUUUCCCUAUGUAGAAUUGAAGAGGCCGUUUGUACGAAUUUAGUUGGUGGGGUUAAUGGAGAAAGGCGGAGCAAUGUUUGCGUGAUUCUGUGUUUUAGCAAUGACACCUCAGUUGUUUUGGCUUGAGACUUUAGAUGUGUGGUUUGGAAGCUUUGUGAUUAAUUAUUUUGCUGGACAAGAUAAAACUAUGAAUCGAAGCAUUUCAAGCUACAUUCUAAUUGGAAUUUCUUUGAAUUUAUUGAAGUAACUUCAUUUUCUGAUAUGGCAGAGACUUUGAAUUCAAGAAUCAGAAAAAAUGAAAAACAUUGGAAAGAUGGGAAUUCACUACUUGCAGAGGCUGAAAGCUGCAAAUGUUCCAAAUGACUUGAUAGAGAAAGGUCAAAAUCGUGUUAUUGAGGCAUCCCUGACACUUAUCCGUGAGAGAGCAAAACUCAAGGGUGAACUAUUGAGAGCUUUGGGAGGUGUGGUGGCAUCAUCAUCUCUUCUUGGAGUUCCUAUUGGACACAACUCUUCAUUUCUCCAGGGGCCUGCUUUUGCACCUCCCCGUAUAAGAGAGGCCAUCUGGUGUGGAAGCACAAAUCCCAGCACUGAAGAAGGUAAAGAGGUGGACGACCCACGAGUCCUAACUGAUGCUGGUGAUCUGCCGGUUCAGGAGUUACGAGAUUGUGGAGUAGAUGAUGACAGAUUAAUGAGUAUCAUAAGCGAAUCUGUGAAGCUAGUGAUGGAACAAGAACCAUUGCGGCCAUUGGUUCUAGGGGGCGACCACUCUAUUUCAUUUCCAGUGGUGAGAGCAGUGUCUGAGAAGCUGGGAGGACCAGUUGAUAUUCUUCACCUUGAUGCUCAUCCUGAUAUUUAUCAUGCUUUUGAGGGAAAUAAAUAUUCUCAUGCAUCUUCUUUUGCAAGAAUUAUGGAGGGGGGUUAUGCUCGGCGACUAUUGCAGGUUGGAAUCAGAUCAAUAAACCCUGAAGGCCGUGAACAGGGGAAACGGUUUGGUGUGGAGCAAUAUGAAAUGAGAACAUUUUCCAGGGAUAGACAGCUGUUAGAGAAUCUGAAACUUGGUGAAGGCGUAAAAGGUGUCUAUAUCUCUGUAGAUGUGGACUGUCUUGAUCCAGCAUUUGCUCCUGGAGUAUCUCACAUUGAGCCAGGAGGCCUCUCUUUCCGUGAUGUUCUGAACAUACUUCACAACCUUAAAGGCGAUGUUGUUGCUGCAGAUGUUGUUGAGUUCAACCCACAACGAGACACUGUUGAUGGGAUGACUGCAAUGGUUGCUGCUAAACUAGUGAGAGAAUUGACUGCCAAGAUAUCAAAAUGAAUGGAUCCAAUCAUCCCACAUAAUUGCGUCUCAUAUUUAGUGGUCGUUAUGAUUCUACAGAAUUCUAGUGGAGAAAGUAGGAUGUUAACAAUUUAUUCCGUGGUGGCUGCAAGAACCAGUUGAUUCCUAGUCUCUUGAGACGUGCCAGCUCGGAAAGAAAUGAGUUGCAAGUUCACUUUUAGAUUGAUAGUUUCCAGGGGCCAUGUAGCCUCAUUAUAUGCUUAAACACCUUUUUAGAUCUGAAAAGGAAAAUGAAAUGACAGUUCAGCUAUUGUAUUCAUAAAUGCCUGUAUUGUCAAAUAAAGUCAAAACCUGAUACUAUUUUUUAGUCGAUCA